AUGAGUAUAGUAUCAGUUGUCGGAAAUAGGAGACUAUGUGGCGGUAUAUCUGAACUACAUCUACCCACAUGCACCAUAAAAAAAUCAAAGAAAAAGAAGAGGCCUCUUGCAAAGAUAUUACUUAUCGUGGUGUCUUCUGCUCUUGUUGGGGUAACCUUUGUGUCAUCUCUCAUGUUUUGCUGGUUAAAGAAGAAAAAAAAUGUUCCGUCUACAGGAUCAUUGUUGGGCGAACAAUUAUUGAGAUUGUCUUACGAAAUGCUUCUCAAAGCGACCAAUGGGUUUUCUUUAGAAAAUUUGAUUGGUAUAGGUAGUUUUGGCUCUGUAUAUAAAGGAAUUCUUGAUCAAGAAGGGAUGAUCGUUGCUGUCAAGGUACUUAACCUCCGUCGGCGUGGAGCUUCCAAGAGUUUCAAGGCCGAGUGGGAAGCCGUGAGAAAUAUUCUUCACAAAAACCUUGUAAAAAUCAUAACUGCUUGCACGAGUGUUGAUUUUCAAGGUAAUGAUUUUAAAGCCCUAGUAUAUGAGUUCAUGCCUAAUGGAAAUCUAGAAAGCUGGUUGCACUCAAGUCUUGAAGCCACUAACAGACAGGAUCAGUUUCGAGGCUUAAAUCUUCUUCAAAGAGUAAACAUCUGGAUUGAUGUGGCUUGUGCACUUGAUUAUCUUCAUAAUUGUUGCGAAGAUUCAAUUUUUCAUUGUGAUUUGACACCAAGCAAUAUUCUUCUUGAUUGCGAUAUGAUUGCACAUGUUGGAGAUUUUGGAUUAGCUAGGCUUCGUCCACUACUACCAAAUACAACUGAAAGCAGUUCGAUUGGAAUAAGAGUGACAAUUGGGUACACAGCUCCAGAUUAUGGUGUUGGAGUGGAGAUAUCAGCAAAAGGAGAUGUCUACAGUUAUGGGAUCUUGUUGUUGGAGAUGAUAACAGGAAAGAUACCAACUGACGACAUGUUUCAAGAAGGUCUUAACCUCCACAAGUUUGCAAUGAUGGCUUUGCCAGACCAUGUGACAAGGAUUGCGGAUCCGGUGCUUCUAGAUAUAAUUGAAGAGGAGGGGAUAACAGCAUCAACAAACAAUUUGCAAAGUCCAAUAGAAGCAACCAAAAUUGAGGAGUGUUUGACUUCAAUUGUCAAAAUUGGAGUGGCAUGCUCUGUGGAGUCACCACAAGAUAGAAUGGACAUGAGUAAUGUUGUGCAAGAGUUGGGUUCUAUCAAGGACAAACUUUUAAGGUCAAAUACCUAA